AAGCUAGAACUUAACAGAACUUCUAUGGGCAAUCCAAUCUGAAGACACCUGUAUUUCAAAAAUUGGCCCUUCUGAAAUCAGUCUUUCUAGAAUCUCACCAUUUAUCAUCCAGAAAGGAAUACACGAUCAGAAUUACAAAUGUCUACCACAAGACUAAAGUGUGAUGUGUUAUGUUCUUUACCAUAAGCACCCAUAAAAUGAGCUCCAUUGCAGACAGAGAUGAUGGCAGCAUUUUCGAUGGUCUUGUGGAAGAAGAUGACAAGGAUAAAGCAAAGAGAGUAUCAAGAAACAAGUCUGAAAAGAAACGCAGAGAUCAAUUUAAUAUACUCAUCAAAGAGCUGGGAUCCAUGCUUCCAGGCAAUGCUCGAAAGAUGGAUAAAUCCACUGUAUUGCAGAAGAGCAUUGACUUUUUAAGGAAGCACAAAGAAAUCACUGCCCAGUCAGAUGCCAGUGAGAUUCGACAGGACUGGAAACCCACAUUCCUUAGUAAUGAAGAAUUCACUCAGUUAAUGUUAGAGGCUCUUGAUGGUUUUUUUCUAGCAAUCAUGACAGAUGGAAGUAUAAUAUAUGUAUCAGAAAGUGUAACCCCCUUACUUGAACAUUUGCCAUCUGACCUUGUGGAUCAGAGUAUAUUUAAUUUUGUCCCUGAGGGGGAACAUUCAGAGGUUUAUAAAAUACUAUCCACACAUCUGUUGGAAAGUGACUCAUUGACCCCAGAAUAUUUAAAAUCAAAAAAUCAACUGGAGUUCUGUUGCCAUAUGCUUCGAGGGACAAUAGACCCGAAAGAGCCACCUACAUAUGAAUAUGUAAAAUGCAUAGGAAAUUUCAAAUCCCUGAGUAACAUGCCUAACUCUGCACAUAAUGGUUAUGAAGAAACCAUCCAGCGACCUCAUAGGCCUUCUUAUGAAGACAGAAUUUGCUUUGUAGCUACAGUUAGGUUAGCUACACCUCAGUUUAUCAAGGAAAUGAGCACGGUGGAAGAACCUAAUGAAGAGUUCACCUCUAGACAUAGCUUAGAAUGGAAGUUCCUUUUCUUGGAUCACAGGGCACCACCAAUAAUAGGCUAUUUACCAUUUGAAGUGUUGGGGACAUCAGGCUAUGAUUAUUAUCAUGUGGAUGACCUAGAAAAUUUGGCAAAAUGUCAUGAACAUUUAAUGCAGUACGGGAAAGGGAAAUCCUGCUAUUACAGAUUCCUCACAAAGGGUCAGCAGUGGAUUUGGUUGCAGACUCAUUACUACAUCACUUACCAUCAAUGGAAUUCUAGGCCGGAAUUCAUCGUAUGUACACACACGGUAGUAAGUUAUGCUGAAGUUCGAGCAGAAAGGCGGCGUGAACUUGGCAUAGAAGAAUCCCUGCCAGAGAUAAUAGCAGAGAAAAGUCAGGAUUCAGGUUCUGACAAUCAUAUAAACACAGUGAGUCUCAAAGAAGCAUUGGAGAGAUUUGAUCACAGCCCCACACCUUCUGCAUCCUCUAGGAGUUCCAGGAAAUCUUCUCACACUGCAGUUUCAGAUCCUUCAUCAACCCCAACAAAGAUGACAGUUGAUACUAGCACUCCUCCAAGGCAAAAUUUAUCUGCACAUGAAAAGUCUGCACAAAGGAGGGCAUCGCUUGGUAAUCAGUCCUUAAAUUCACAAUCUAUCGGACAGCCUCUGGCGCAAGCAAUGAUGACCCAGCCUGCAACUUUACAACUUCAGCAAGGCAUGUCUCAGCCAAUGCUUCAGUUUUCUGCUCAAUUAGGAGCUAUGCAACACUUAAAGGACCAAUUGGAACAAAGAACACGAAUGAUAGAAGCAAACAUUCAUCGCCAGCAAGAAGAACUACGUAAAAUUCAGGAACAGCUCCAGAUGGUCCAUGGACAAGGACUCCAGAUGUUCUUGCAGCAAUCAACCCCUGGGUUAAACUUUGGUUCUGUACAGCUAGCUUCUGGAAACGCAUCAACUAUUCAACAGAUCACACCAAUAAGCAUGCAAGGCCAGGUUGUUCAGACUAACCAGAUCCAAGGUGGCAUGAACACUGGACAUAUUGGUUCUCAGCACAUGAUGCAGCAACAAUCUCUGCAAAGUACCACAGCACAGCAUAAUCAACAAAGCGUUCUCAGUGGGCAUAGUCAACAGACAUCUCUAGCUACCCAAGGCCAGAACACGCUGUCAGCUCCAUUAUAUAACACUAUGGUGAUUUCCCAGCCAGCUGCAGGAAAUGUGGUCCAGCUUCCUUCUACUUUACAGCAGACUAAUAACCAGAAUGCUGCCAUUACCACAUUUGCCCAGGAUAGGCAAAUCAGAUUUUCCCAAGGUCAACAGCUUGUGACAAAAUUAGUGACUGCGCCUGUAGCAUGUGGAACAGUUAUGGUACCGAGUACCAUGUUUAUGGGGCAAGUGGUAACUGCUUAUCCAACCUUUGCUGCACAACAACAGCAGCCGCAGACAUUAUCAAUGCCGCAGCAGCAACAGCAGCAGGGGCAGCCCCAGCAGCAACAAAGCCAACAGGAGCAGGCCCAUGAACAACUCGCUACACUUCAACCACCAGCUCAGACUCAGCUGACCCAGCAUCCCCAACAGUUCUUACAGACAUCCAGAUUGCUUCAUGGAAAUCAGUCCACGCAACUUAUUCUCUCUGCUGCUUUCCCACUACAACAAAGCACUUUUGCCCAGUCACAUCACCAGCAGCAUCAGUCUCAGUCACAGCCACAGCAGAUGCCACGCCACAGAAAUGACAGCAUGACGGAGGCUUCUAAAGUUCCUCCCCAGUAGUGUGGGGGCUUUGUAAUUGCACUGGAGAUGGUGAGGAAGAAGUUGACCGACUUUGUGAUGCACAGUAUUGAAUAUUCUUUUAACUUUUUGGAACGUAUCUGCUGAGGAAAGUUGUGCAAAGUGCUGCUGGAGUUUCAGUAGGCAUAAAGCUGGAAAAUACAAUGGGGACAGGGACAUGCUGACUUUUGCCAGGGUUAUAAUUGCUCUGGUUUCUGUGUUUUGCUUUUCUUCAAAGAGGCCAUGAGUUAAUUUGUCCUGAUCAAAUUCAAACUGUUUUGUGGACUAAGAUACUUAUAAUUAAGUUUGCUCAGAUUAAGUGUUAUGAUGGACAUGCUGUUGCUACAGCUGUUUUUUUUAAAGUAUGCCUGCAAUUAUGCUCCAAAACAAAGUUAAUUUUUUCAUAGUACAGGACAGUAAAUAUUUUCAAAAUAUUGUAUGGAAUCUAUCUUCAUUGUACAGAUACUGUAAAAUACUGUGUAUAUGUCUGGUAAAAAGCGAGAGCAGGAUAUUUUAUAUGAUGCAUGAAACUUGGUUUGAAUAUGUUUUUCCCCAAAAUUUCACCAAAUGUUCAAACUACUGUUUUCAUCUGUUUAUACCUGUUUGUCUUCUCCAUUGUAGAAUCUGUACGGUGCACGAUCAUUUAUUCUCACCUGUAAUGGGGGCACAAUCUCCUGUUCGUAGUUUAUGCGUAAUGUCCAGUUUGUUCCAUGAGGUGAUAUUGUGCGCUGGUUUGUGGAAUUUUUGCAAGUUAAAUUAUUGAUGAAACUCUUUGAACUGUGGAGGUUCAAGGCAUUCAGUUUCAUAAAUACCAUUUGUCAUGUAUCAUUUCAUGAAUAUUUUUUUUCUUUGAAAAAAAUAGGAAUUUGCACUGCUCUGUUUUUGGUGGUUUGGAAUUUUGAUUCCCCAAAGCUGUUUUUUGAUAUAAUACAUAGUUGCAAAUAUUUAUGUAAAACAUAUGGUUUAAAAUAUGAACAUAAUUUUCACAGAUGACUCAAAUAUAGGAAUAUUUGCACAAAAAUAUAUUUAAAUUUAAUAAUUGUAGGCACUUUUUAACUUCUCUGCAGUGGGAAAUGUGAUUUCGGAAUUUGUUGGAAUCUUUUUAUUCUCCUGUGAAAUGUUAACCUUCAUUUAAUCAGAGAUGAUUCAGGGUCAUUUGAAGCAGAACAAAUAACAAAGCCUCCACAGUGCCUUGAUUUUUAUUCAGGUACAGUAUGCUAUACAUACUGAAUUACCUUAUCUUGAAUUUAUGACCAUAUUUGAAGUUCUAGUUCACGGACAAAACAUGCUUCCUAGCUAAGUCUCUACUGUAUGUCUACAUAUAGGUAUUUUAAAAACUGUACAAAUUGAGAAUUGAAGUGUUGUUAAAAUGUGGCACUCCCCUUCUCAGCCAUUCAGUAAGGGGAUAGUUGUAAUGUAAUUACUCACAUUUCACAAUCUGAAAUGAUGCAUCUAAUUGUUUUAUAAAUUUAUGCCAAAACGUGUAUGUGAGUAACGCAUAACCAACUUGUAAAGCAGUUUAAAUUGAGUUAUGCUGAAACUAGGUGGAAAAUAUAAAUAAGAGAUAAAGUCUUACUGCAUUAAGACUUCAGAUGACAAAUUCACUUCAUAAAGAUAAUAAAAAGAUCCAGCUGAAAUUCUGAUUUAAAAAUAAAUGUUUAAUAUAUUUUAUGGUACUAGUUUUAAAAUCCACGUCUGCAGAGCAAAAUGAGUUUUAAAACAGAGAUUGGGUAUCUAAAAGGAAAAAAAAAGUAUCGGAAUGUCUGAUUCAAGAAAGAUUGGGUAAUAAAGAGGAGCUUUAUUAAUGUAACCAAAGUUAGGGUGAGAGGCGCGAAGAAUGUAGUGCUGGUUAGACAAAGCAAAAUCUUGGUAGCAAAUUAUACCAACCAUUAUCUUAAGAUUACUUUGGAUGCUAUUCAGAUGUCAUGCUAAACAAGCAGCUUAGCUUAGUGGUAAAUGUGCCCAUGUGCAUCUGCUGACUACUAACUAAGCUGUAGACAAACUUAGCAUAACGUUCAAAUGCAAGACUCUGCUUUCAUCUGCAUUGAAAAAACCGGAGAAUGAAGCCAUGGUUUGUUUUAAUGCCAUUAAUGGCCUCAUUUCCUGGUUCUUCUGGGCAACAUGCUAGGCUUGUUUACAGCUUGGUUAGCUGUAGCUGCACUUCUCAUGACAGCACCAGUGGAUAUGCCUGAACAUAUUUGCUACUAAGCCAGGCAUAUGGUUUAAUGGGCUACAUAAAUGGCUCCUUCAAGUCAUUUUCAUUGCUAUAGUCUUACAUGGUUUCAGUCCUCCCCCCACAUGCAUCACUCAACAGUUUAAUAGCUUGUACCAAUAAUGAAAAUAAUCAAGUUUUAAGAUUUUUUGAAAGAAUCAAAGAACCAAAGAAUUGGAUUAAUCCUACUCCCUCUUGGCAAAUACUGGAAACCAGUAGGUAACUUACCUAGGAAACUUUGUAGCUUUAUUAUUUACAUACAUAAGAAAUGUGGAAAUAGUUCUGUGAAUUUAAUUGCGAAUAACUUUGUUCUGCCAUAAGUUGUUUGUUGUAAUCCCAAACCAGACUGUGUUGAACAAAGAUUUUUGGAUGUAGUAUAUGCUUUUAGUAAAUGAUUGCCUAGUUGGGCUUGAAGCUAUUUAGAAUAUUGUAGCAUCAAGUAAGAAAAUUGGGAGGGCUUUGAAAUUGCUUAUAGAUCAGGGCUUUAGUCUAAGAAUGCAGAGCAACAGUCAUGGACAGGUUAUUUGGUACAGAUUUUCUUUGCAACUUUUCUUGAGAGAGAACACAACUAUCAGUAGAUGUGACAUGUUUAUAAUGAUUUUCUGGGAGGUUGUAUAAAAGGUAGCUAAUGGAAGAAAAGUAGAAAGCAAGUAAAAACUAUUUACUAAAGAUUUUUUUUUUGUCUACUGCACUCCGGACAUACUUCAAUGAAACAAAAAUAUUUUGUAGAAGGUAUGUUGGCAUUUAUGUUCAUUUUCUGGCUGAUGAUUCUGUCUGAAGAAGGUCUUCUGCUUCUGUGGAGGGUCAGGGUCCCCUAAAGAGCAGGAAGGUUCAGCUUUUGCUCUCAGUGAUAAUUCUGAUGUUUCUGCAAGGCUAAUUUUUAAUCUUAGAAGUUAUUUGUAAGUGUGAUUAUUCUACCAUCUGGAAUUUAAUAUGGCCAAAUGUCUUUGCUGGGGGAGGCAGGGUGGAUGGAGUGGGCAUAGCGAGUUGUGAAUUCAUGAUGUGAGUAAUGCACUUAACCUAAAGCAGGGGUGGGCAACUUGGGAAGGGUCAGGGGCAACAGUACAGCUUCUUGACCUGCUGGAGAGCUGCAGGAGGCCUUCUGUUGACAUGGAUACAGUUUGUGGCUUUUGGUGAGGGAGUGUUUGAGUGAGAAAUGGAAACAGGAGGCCUCUGGAAGGCAAACUGCCCCCAUUCCCACCAUCAAACUCUGAGACUGAGCCAAAAUUCAUUCAUUUUGCUAUCAAAUUUUGGCAGUGCAAUUUUGGCCCAUUUCUCAGGGUGGUUACGUGGUGUCAAGGGUGGGACUGGGAAUAGUUUUUUUCUUCUGCUGUUCCCAUUCCCAUUCUUAUUUGUUUGAAACAAGGAAGGAUAAGUUGUUUUGGCAAAAUUCAGACAUUUUGCCAUUGAAUUUUGGCAGUGCAGUCACAGGGUGCUGGGAGGUUUCAAAGGAGAUACUGGGAGUGAGGGUGCAGCAGCCUGCAGGAUGCCAAUCUCUGUGCUAAAGCAACCGCUGAACCCUUCCAGCAGGAAGUCUGACAAAGUGCUGCUGAAAAGAAGAACAGUUGUUUAGGUUUGCUUACAUUUUUGGGGGUGGGGGGGAGAAAGACUCCAAGAUGAGCUUCUGGGAAUACUAGAGGGAAUUGUAUAAAUAUUUUUAUAUGAUAUUAUAUUUAAUAUAUAUACAUAUAUAUUUCUACACAUAUUAAAAGAAUAUAGUCAGAGCUCUCCAUAUGCCUUCCAUUAUUUUUAUGUAGAAGUUUACUUGCUGGUGCAAUGAAUGAUUCCACUCUGUCACAAUCUUCUGUAGGCUUCCUGCCUGCUGCCAGCUGACAAAAAGAAAAAUGACUGAACAUCCAUACAAGUACAAAGCUGUCAGUUAACAUUUUGUUAGUUGCUUAAGAAUCUGUUUAAAAAGUAAUCCUGUUAACCACUGUGGCUAGAGUCACUGGGAUUACGAAGAAGUGGCGUAACCACAUACAGGGUGAGGUGUGAAAUAAAAAACAUUUUUAAGUGGAAAGCGUCCGGCCAAGAAACCGGCACUUAAAAAUGCACGUUGAUGCAUGGGGUUGAUUGGCAAGUCAAAAUUGCUUGCAUCUCCGAAAUGCCGCGCUCUUGUUUCUGCAAGUGGUGGUCACUCUCCUGUAAUACUUGAGUAUCAUAUUAAAUUAGGUAGACUAAAAUGUGUGCAAACUUAAGCACUUUAUUGGGGGGAAAAAUAGCAUUUUGAAAUACCAUUUAUUAUUCUAGGCAAUGGGACUGUUCACAAAAAAGGGGGUGGGGGUCCAAAGGAGUCAGAAUGUAGACUAUUGUCAAAAGAGGCAUUGCUGGAAAAUGUUUCUUCACAUUUAGACUAAGUCUAAAUACAUGAUUAUGCAGACAUGUAAUAUUGCUUGGCUUUGUAAGGAUAUGGAUAAAUACCUAAGCUUUUUCAGAACUGAUUUUUUUUAAAAAGUUGCACAAUUGCCAGAGAAUUAUCAACAGGAGGCUUUUGUAUAAUUCUAAGUGGUCCUUAGGAUUAAAUGUGUAGAGGGUUUACAGAUGUGGCCUUUAGUAGACUGCUUCAGUCACAAGUAUAGUUUGUAUUUUUAGCGAACACCCAUUUUUGUUGUGUGUGUGUGUGGUUUUUUAAAAAUGUUAUGGUGUCACGUGAUGUCAGCAUGCAUGUCAAACUCAUAAAUCGAUCGUUGGAAAUGUAUUGUUGAGAUAUACGUGUGGUGGGAAAAGGAGGCCUAGAGGGAGCAGAUAUGAUUUGGAAGAGAGGAGAACGGUUUCUUCUUCCCUAGCCCCCAAGUAAAAAAAAGAAAUUGGAAACAUUUUCAGGUGUUGUACACAAUUGUUUGAAGUUGAAUGUUGAACAGUCAUAGUGAGUGAGGCAAGCUCUGAGAGACAUUUUAAAAAUAUAAUUUGGUUGUUUAUGAAACUGAGUAGUUUAUUGAUAUAUAUAUAUAUUUUUAACACUACAUUCCUCUGUCUUUAAUAAACAAGUACUUUUCAGUC